AUGGGUAAUAACGAAUCAACUACUAAUAAUUAUUCGAAAACUCUUAAACAAAUUCAAAAUGGCAAAGAUAAUGAUCCGUUGUUUAAAUACAAAAAUGGCCGGAAAUUUCUUAAAAACGCAAACAUGUUUUAUUUUUUACCAAUCGAUGAACUUGAAUCAGACAGAAUGCAAUUAAGACACGAUGUAGAUUGGCAUGUCUGGCGAACAAAUUUUUCUUCUCCAAUAGAAACAAGCUUAAAACUUGGAGGAGCCCAAGUUCUCGAUGUUGCAUGUGGAUCCGGCUUAUGGGUAUUCGAAAUGGCAUCUGAUUAUCCACUUUCGGAAUUUACUGGUGUAGACGUCGCACCAAUGUUUCCAUCUGAUGUCAUGCCUCUAAAUGUAACUUUCAAACAAUGUGAUAUAUUGGAAGGAUUGCCAUACAGUGAUUAUUUACUUCGAAUUUUAAAACCUGGUGGAUGGAUCGAAAUCCAAGAUCGUGAUCCAAUUAUGAUAAAUGCUGGCCCUAUCUGCAAGCGUCUUGAAGACAUGUUGUCUUUAAGCUUUUUAAAUCGCGGCAUACAUAUUAAAAGUCAUUAUGAUGAUAUGGAAAAAUUAUUUGAAAAAAAUAAUUUUGCAAUACAAGAUUUUCUUUCUACUUAUAAAGCUAUGAGAUUCACACUGACCGAAUAUUCAGGAGCCAAUGCUGAAGAAUAUGAUAAGAUAGUUGAGAAUGCUAGCAAAGAAUUAAUUGAAUACAAUUCUGAAUUUGGCUCAAGAAAAUAUUUUGGAUUCUCGGAAUUCGCAGGACUCGCAGGGCUCGCAGGGAAUGCGUUUAUAGAAUCAAUUUUGGAUCUUAAUAAUGACUUGAGUGAUACUGAAAUUCUAUGCAA